AUGAAUUGCCUUCAACCUCCGACUACAGCUUUUCGAGUUUUUAUACACUCCAUUCAUAUUUUUAGCGUUCCAACUUAUUUUAUAACACUGCUAUCACUGAUAUGUGUGAAGUCAAGUGUCUUCAAAACCUAUCGGUUGUUUUUGAUUUGGCAUGUUGUGGAGAAUUUGUUAUUUGAAAUUUACUCAUCAUUUUUGAUAGUUCCCGCCCUUCACCCACCGUUUACACUUAUCAGAACAACAGGAUUAUUGUCUGAAUUUGGGAUUAAUCCUAUAAUUCAGUUUUAUAUAUUGGCUACUGCGAUUGAGUUCAAUGGUCUAUCCAUGAGUGAGAUGUUCUACUUCCGUUACAAAGCGGGUCUUCUCAACUAUCGAGAACAUCGAUUUUCGUAUUACUUCCGAGCAUCUGUAUACCUGACCAGAGCAAUUUCCCUUAUGGAUAUAUGCUUUUGCAUUCUCACAUUCUCUGAUGGAUCAGAAUUUCAACAAAAUUACAGAGCUACUCUUGUUCAAACUAAUCCACUUCUUCCCUUCUUAUCUUGCCCAAAUACCUAUUCAGUUGUACCGUUCGCUGAUUAUGUUUCAACUAUUGUGUUGGCAUCCUGGAUUUGUCAAACCGUUAAUCUAACAGUUUCCAUCCCUUUAGCAGUUGGUUAUAUGAGUGAAAAUGUUCCUAAAUCUAUAUCACCUGCCACGUGGAAGAUUCAACAACAAUUGAUGUGGAGUCUGACGAUCCAGGCAGGUAUUCAUGGAAUCAUGUUGGGUGUUCCGAACGCAAUGUUCAUCUAUGCAUUAUUUUUUGGAUUUAUAGAAGAGGCUCCUGGAUAUGCUGCAUUUGUGUUUCUGACUUAUCAUGGAUUUUUGUCCGCUUUCUCUAUGAUUAUUUGUACUCGACAAUACGGGAAUAUUUAUUGA